AUGAUCACAACAAAACUUUGCAACAAUAACGAUCGUGAGGAUCCGAUUUUCUUGGAUGAUAUGAUUUAUGAAAUUCUUCAAUUUCUUGAUACAAAAACGAUAUUGCAAAUUUGUAUGAAAAUUUCAAGACAAUGGAGACAAGUAUCACUGAAAAUUCGUUUAUCAUUGUCAUUCUAUUGGGAUCAGGAUGAGGACAAUUCCUAUUUGCUUUCAUUUGUUUGCAAAACAGUUCAUGAUGGCUCAAAACUUGCACAAUCAAUUGCAACAAGUGAAAACUUGCAAAACGUGACUUGGUUAGAUUUAUCUCAUAACGAAAUUGAUUUAACAGGUGUUGAAUAUAUUGCGAACAGUGGAAAUUUGAGAAAUUUGGCCUCACUGACUCUCAAAUUCAACUUUAUUAGCUCGACAGGCGUUGAACUCAUCUCAAACAGUGAAUUUUUGCAAAAUUUAACUUUACUGAAUUUGGCUAGCAACACCAUUGGUUCAGAAGGCGCUAAAUUUAUUUCAACUAGUGAAUCUUUGAAAAAUUUAACAUCAUUGAAUUUAUCCUUCACUGAGAUUGGUAUAAACGGUACUGAAUAUAUAGCAAACAGCGACCAUAUGAAGAAUUUAACUUUUUUAGAUUUAUCUGGAAAUGAAAUUGGUUCAGAAGGUGCUAAAUAUAUUGCAAAUAGCCAACAUUUGAGGAAAUUAACUUCAUUGGUUUUAGAUUCGUGUAAUAUAGGCUGUGAAGGUACAAUUUAUCUUUCAAAUAGUCCAAACCUUGAGGAUUUAACGUCUCUUGAUUUAGGUUACAAUGACAUUGGAAUAGCAGGUGUGGAGUCUAUUUCGAAAAGUAUAUACUUGAAAAAUUUAACAUCUCUACUCUUGUCUUCCAAUGAACUCGAAGGAGCAGCUUUUGAAUAUAUUGCAAACAGUGAACGUUUGCGAAAUCUCACAAAGUUAGAUAUCUCAUUCACCAAAAUUGGCUCAACCACUGGUAUUAGGCAUCUGGUAAACAGUGAAAUUUUGCAAAAAUUGGUUUCAUUGAUUUUGAGUUACAGUGAAAUUGACUCUGAAGGUGCCAAGCUCAUCGCCAACAGUGAAAAAUUUAAAAACUUAACGGUACUGGAUUUGAUGGAAAACUAUAUUGAAGCUGAAGGAACCAAGUUCAUUGCAAAUAGUCACCAUAUGAAAAAUUUGACGUUGUUAGAUUUGUGGUCCAAUAGAAUAGGUAUCGAAGGAGCUAAAUUCAUCGCAAAUAGUGAGAACUUGAACCAAUUAACUUCAUUGAUAUUGUAUGACAAUGAAAUUGGUUCAGAAGGCACAUUACUUCUUGCGAACAGCAAAACCUUGAAAAAUUUGCGUUACUUGGAUUUGAGUUCCAAUGAAAUUUGUUCCAAGGGUGUUAGCUAUAUUUCACAAAGUAACAUUUUGAAGAAAUUAACAUUUUUGGAUUUAUCUUUCAAUGAAAUUGGUUCAGAAGGUGUUGAACUAAUUGCAAAUAGCCACAAUAUGAAGAAUUUAAUGACGUUAAAUUUAUAUUCCAGUAGAAUUGGCCCAAAAGCUGCUAAAUUUAUUACGAGCAGUGAAAAUUUCGAGAACUUGAGGUAUUUAGAUUUGUCUUCCAAUACCAUUGGUAAAGAAGGGGUUGAUAUUAUUUCAAACAGUGCACUUGCAAAACAAUUAGUCUUUUUGGAUUUAUCUGAAAAUACCAAUAACCAGAAAUGA